AUGGGCAGCCAAAACCACAUGGCCAGGCCGUACACAAAGGAACCACCAGAGGGCAGGCAAAAAGCUGGUGUGAUUAUGAGUCCCAGCAGCUCUCAGAUGUUUGAAGGAGAUUUUGUCUCUCUGAGCUGUGAGGAGGACGACAGCUCUGCUGGAUGGACGCUGAGGAGGAACACAACCAGAGACACUCAGACAACAUGUGGAAACUGGGGAGAACCAUCUGGUUCUGCCUGUAACAUGAGCUUCAUCGUGUCCUGGGACAGUGGAGUUUACUGGUGUGAGUCCAGAGAGGGAGCAACCAGUAACAGCAUCAACAUCACUGUCACUGGUGGAUCAGUGAUCCUGCAGAGUCCUGUCCUCCCUGUGAUGGAGGGAGAUGAUGUCACUCUGCACUGUAAAACAAAGACCUCCAACCUCCCAGCUGAUUUCUAUAAAGAGGGCCCCCUCAUCAGGACUGAGCCUGCAGGUCACAUGACCAUCCACCAUGUUUCCAAGUCUGAUGAAGGCCUCUACAAGUGUCACAGCAGCAGUCAUGGAGAGUCUCCAUCCAGCUGGAUCUCUGUCACAGAAAAACAUGCAACCAAAACCACGCUGCCUGUCUCUGUAACACCUCUGCUUACAUCAAUGACAUCACCAAAUGACCACGAGACCCCGCCCCCUUAUUCAGCAGCCCCGCCCCUUUUUAUCACACUGGUCUGCCACCUAGUGGUGUUCUGUCCGUACUUCAUCUCCACUCUCCUCAUGGUGUCUUUAUAUCGACACAGACCCACAGGAAAUUACCUACCUGUCUCCAUGGCAACGUCCCAGCCCACCCAGGCUGAGCAGGGAUUGGCUGAUGACUACAGUGACAUCAUCACCUCCGUCACCACAGAGCAUCACUUCUGA